AUGGCCCGAGUCAAGUUCAAUGUAAACACAGAAUAUGCUUAUAUUCAGAAUUUCAAGAUACUACAAAACUGCUUCACAAAGCAUUCUAUUGAUCGAACCGUGCCAGUUGAAUCCCUCGUCAAAUGCAAAAUGCAAGAUAACCUGGAAUUCUUACAGUGGUCAAAGAGAUUCUGGGAUCAAUAUUUCCCUGGACAUGAGUAUGACGCUGUAGCCCGACGGAAAGCAGUGGGUGCUGCUGCCCCUGCUGCCCCCCCUGCCGGCGCUCGCACAAGCACUGGCGCGAGCACAACGCGGAGAACGGCCCCUACUCCGGUCAGCCGACCUGGUGCUCGAGGCGUCACUUCCGGUGCGAGUAGCUCAGCAUUGAAGCAAGAGAAUGAUCAGCUCAAGGAGGCUAUCGCCGGUCUCGAAAAGGAACGAGACUUCUACUUCGCCAAGCUACGGGAUAUCGAGUUACUGCUCCAGACCGCCAUCGAACAGGACCCUUCCAUUGAGACAGAUGAAAAUGGGUUGGUCAAAAACAUUCAGGCUAUCUUGUACAGCACAGAAGAAGGUUUUGAAAUUCCUGAUCAGGAUGGAACUGGAGAGGAGCCAGAGACAUUCUAG